AUGAGUAUAGUUUUUCUUGUCAACGUUCGCGUCUGUCGGUCUACAUUCCCCUGACCUCCUUCCGCAUACAGGACUCAAACCAAGCCCAGAAAUGGUAAAUGCCUUUGUUUUGUUCUGUUUGAAAGAUGUUUGUAUGUGACGUGCAGUGGAGACUGUUAGCCUAGCAAAAUGUCGUUUUAAAUUCGUGUAGACAAAGCCAGUUAGCUAGCUAAUCCAACGAAGACGUUUCACUGCUGUGUUAUCAAACCAUGGCUGACCAAUGUUGGCUGGUUAACGUAGUUAUCUAGCUAACUACUUGUUCUCUUCAUCUUCGAUAAUCAUAUUAAUUUGUUUUCUCUAUGUUCAUUCUUGCCGUACUUCUCAACCAGUCUGACUUCUCAGAAGACCAGAUUAUAGGUGAGUUUCAAUCAGCUUUGUGACAGUAACGUUAUUUGAAGGCUAGCUAGCUACUGUAAAAUGUUAGCUAGCUGCUAGUCUAUCCCCUUGCUUCAUAUGUCUUGUCAUUCAUUGUGGAAUAGCACUACUUCUUUCCUGUCCCCCUUGUUGUGAUAAGCAGUUUCCCUGCUGACAAGUUGAUAUAAACUGAAGCCUAUGGUGAGUUUUUUUUUUGUUGAUGGACCAGGUUUUGUGUUUUGGCUAACCAUCUUGGUAAGACCUUGCAUUAAUAUUGCCAUUGUCGUCCGACAUGCACACAUCAACGAAUGAUUAUAUAUACAAUUACUAAAAUAUUGAUUCACGAUUGUCUGUUAUUGGUGCAGUCAAUCCCCUCCUUUGAUCCCAACAUAGCGGUUUGAUUGAAUGGUGUUUCAUCAGGUUAAUGUUUUGUGUUGAAUGUUACUGACCAUCAACUAAUUUUGCACUGAGUUCUGUGCCUGGUAUUUUUAUGCAUGUUUUAAUAAAAGGCCAGACGUCAAUAUGUCAAGGCAUUAUGGCUAGUCAUUAUACGGCCUAUGAGUAUUCAAAAGCCUAGGUACUUUGAAAGAUUGGCCGUUUUUAGUUAUUCCAUUUUAAAAGUCGUUUUUUUGUAAAAACCAAUUUUGGUAUUAUUGAUCUGUUCCGUUUAUUGUGUGAUGUCUUGUUCUGCUACCUAGCUACGUGGUUAACUUAGAUAGUAGAGGAAACCGGAAGUUCUCAAUUCUGGAACGUGAAUUCAUUAGUUCCCGAUCCCAGAACUGUAUAAAAUGUCUAGAUAUAUUAUAGACGAAAUCAAGCCACUAUAUUGUAAUUUGUUCUCAGUCCUUCACUGGUGUUGACUCAUAGACAUUGUGUAAGCAAAAGGAAAUGACUAAACAACUUAUUAAAGAGUUGUACGGAUCGAAGGCGUGGCCGAACUAAACCUCAGACAUGCUGUUCUUUGAAAUGAAGUUGGCAAAGCAUAAUGUAUCCAUUUACCAAGAAUAUAUGUAGCAAAAUAGUGUUACUGUAGGCUACUCAUCGGUUGCCUGUGACUUUUUCCCUUGCUCAAUCAAUGGCAUUUUUAGGAGUUUUUUUCCGCAGUUGAUAGAUUUCCUUAGCGCUCGUUUGGUUGAUAGAUUACUCGGCCAGCGCUUGCUGUCAAUGCCAUAUAUGGGUAAAUUAGUGGCUGCUGUGUAGUUUCAGACGGGCCAGCUUGGAAUGCACAGCAUAGCAGCAAUGCAAUGCAAGCACCAUAACAAUAGCCCUGGGAAAUGACCCUGAUGUCAGAGAGCAUUCCAUGAGAGGCCACCGCAUUUUCUGUAGAUUACACACAAUCAAAAAACAAAACAAAAAAUCUUUGGAUUCUCUUUCUUGACCAUUUUUAUGUGUGGGGGGGAAACCAAAACACACACACACUCAAUCCAGUGCUGUGCUUUUUUAAACGCCUUUCUUCUCCCCGUCUUUCAGAGUUCAAGGAGGCCUUCCUGCUGUUUGACAGGACGGGCGAUGGGAAGAUCAGCUACAGCCAGUGUGGUGACGUCAUGCGGGCCCUCGGCCAGAACCCCGUCAACGCUGAGGUCCUCAAGGUCCUGGGCAACCCCAAGUCAGAAGGUCAGCCCUACUUCUAGAUGCUUACUGAACAUUGACCAUUAGUAUCUAUUGGCUGGAUCAAACGUAUAGAAGUAUUACACACAUCAGUUAACAUUAGUACGAUUUUAUUCCGGCAUGGCAUCGUCUUGUGUUCAGAUAGAUUUAGGCCGAUCCUCCAAAGUGUGUUUUUAGGCCUGUUGCUGUUUGUAGUCAACAACUUCACCAAACCAGUUUGACUAAUUUGUAUCCGGUCAGGUGUAAGAUGUCAGCUAAUAUGCUUAAGCAUCCAAGGAUAAAACUGAUGAAACAGAAUGUUCUUCUGAGUAUGAAAUUCACAUCCUAUGGAGUGUGAACUUAUCCUUGUGCGUAAUCUGAAAUUGUCAAGUACCACAGAUGCACACAGGCUUUGUCCUAACCUGUCGAGGGUGAUUUUGUCUUGUGGUUGCGCAGCCUGUCACUUAUCAGCUUGGGAACAGGAGCAUUGUGAGGGGUCCUGUUCUUACAUGUGUUAAUUACACACACAACAGAUGCAUAUCAUGCAGAUCAUGUCAACAGGAUCUGAUAAUGUAAAGCUGAUGAUCAAUUUUAUAGAGAAACGCAAGCAUUCCUCUAAUUUGGAAUUGAUAAGGUUUUGUUCAGAUUUUUUGCAAAAAAACUAAUCAAAAGUGUAUUGUUCUCGUACACACAUUUGCAGGUGUUAUAGCACUCGCACAAACUAAAAGUUAGGGUACACAUAGUGGGAGUGAGUACAGUAGUUUAUGUCUUUUUGGGGAUUUAAAAAAUGGUUAUGAGAGCUCUCCUUUUUUUUGGUUAAAUACAUUCCAAGCCAUUUUGAGUUAUUUUACUCUCAGUAUGUGGGCCUAGACUUUAACGGCAUAGAUGUAGAUCUCAUAUAAGUUAUUCUGUCUGUUUUAUAGCAAAGUAAUAGUAUCUAGCAGAGUAAGACAUGUUUAUGUUUGUUUCCCUCCCCAGAGAUGAACCACAAAAUGCUGGACUUUGAGCAGUUCCUGCCCAUGCUCCAGGCCAUCGCUAAGAACAAGGACCAGGGCUCCUUUGAGGACUUUGUGGAGGGUCUGCGCGUCUUCGACAAGGAGGGCAACGGCACAGUGAUGGGCGCUGAGCUGCGCCACGUCCUCACAACGCUCGGUAAGACCUCAGAACGAUCUUAUAAAGCUUUCAUGAAGCAUUUGUAAGUGCUGUCACUGGCUUGGUUUACAUCUCCCCUUAUGAAAAGAUUAUUCAUUUUCAUAGAACUGCACCAUCUGUUUAUUUCUCUCUUGUAUUAGCAAAUGAUUUAUAUUACAGUAUAUAAGCCAACAGUUUCUUUCUUGUACUUGAGAGCUCUACUUCAGCUUAAAGAGAAACUGCCACUAAAAAAUAACUAUCAUUUAGAAACAUCCUAUGUGGCAUUGAUAUGAGUCAGAAACAUUUAUUCUGUCAAAAUUGAUUACAAAUUGUAAAUAGGAUAAUUUUGGUCAUAAAGUCAGUCUUGUCCAAAACAGAGUUUGUGAGACUUGAGGUCAUGACUGCGUCACAACUUAAAUGCAGGUUGGGUUUGUUUCAAUCCUGCCCACAGCUGGCAGCACACAAGUAAUCAUCAAUUCGGAGUGCAGCUGCAUGGGACCCGAUCAUAAUGCCUGUGGUAAAUUUGGGUUUACUUUGGAUAUCCCAACGGGGCUAGUUAAGAACCUUCUGUAAAUUACACAAUGUACAUGGGACAAUAUGUUAAAAUUCUAAUAGCUCCAAAUUUCAAUGACUUAACCUCAAACCAACUAUAAAUUGUAGAAAUUCAUAGACAAAUAUUGAAAGCAUUUAAUGAGAACCUAAAAGGUGUGCAACAUGAAAAUAGUGUCAUUUACAUUGUGUAAUUUAUUGACGGUCCCUAGCUAGCCCCGGAGAUGGGCUAUCCAAAGUCAAACUAAUUUUGCACACCAGCUGGCUGAAGCUAAUUGGCGAAAUAAUUUGGCUAACUCUUCCCACCUGCAAACACGCACACGAGACACACACAUCAAACCCGCACCCUGAAACCAACUCCUGUUUGAAUUCAGUCAUAGCAUUUCUUAAUGAACCAAAUCUAAAACGAGGCCUAAUCAGGAAGUACAUUCGCCCUUUAACACUCCAGACAAACAGUACUGCAACCUGCCUUGUGAUGAUGUUGGAGACAAACUGUUGACGUUCAGCUCUUGAAGGUUUUACAUGAAGAAUUUAAUUUGGAUCAAAAUAAACGUUUGAUCCACACAGUCCUGAUAGUUUUACCUCUUCUCCUUAUCAACCACACCUGACUGUGGUACCAAAGGUCUUCAUUGUCACUAAUCAGUAAUCACCUCUUAAACUAGUGACUCAAUGCCCUACUGUAUCCAUAUUGAUGCACUUCAUUUGCAUCCUGGACAUCGGUCUUGUCAGUAAGACGAUUUGGCAACACAAGUGACAAGACAUGGCUUUAUUGAGUCUCCCUGGUUAACUGUGUCAGUAUCCCUCUGGGAAUGUCUGCUUGGUAGUGUAGGGAUUGACAUUAAGGGUUGCCCUAUUGCAAGUGAACUAAGCAGUCGUUAAAGUUAAACCUGCUCCGAGGUUGCCCCAUUGGGGGGGACCAAAAAAUACUCCUGACUUGCCCGAUGGGCAAGUGCCUUUCAGACUUUGUCAAUCCCUCUAGUGGCUUUUACCAUUGUAGAAUGUAAGGUAUAGGAAAGAUGGGAUUCCCUUGCUAUACAGUGUAUUUUUGUCUAUCUGUUAUGAGAAUGUAAAAGAGCAUUUCAUUUGUGUUGCAGGUGAGAAAAUGACAGAAGAGGAGGUGGAGACUCUGUUAGCGGGACACGAAGAUGCCAACGGCUGCAUCAACUACGAAGGUAAAGCAGCGUGGUGAACUGGAUGGAUAUGAUGGCUGUGAAGGAGAACACUGAACCUCGUCCUGUACUGUAGAAUAUAUUACAAUGCAUGAGGAAUUACCAUUUCCCAUAGUGUUUGAAUAAUGGAAGAAUCAUGUGAAUGAUAAGACGUGAAUUGUAACAAAAUACAAUAACAAUUGUCUUGAAUGGGAUGUACUCAUGUUUUGUGUCAACACAAAGCCCUAUGAUUAUUAAUAAGGAUUAUGUGUAUGUCUGGGUGUAGGUUGUAUUAUUGGAUUUCAGGUGUGUGUGUCCCUUGUGUUGUCCCUUCACUGACCUCCCUGUUCCUCUCCCACAGUCUUUGUCCGCCACAUCAUGUCCGGCUGAGUGGAGGGUACGAGCAGACCCCCUAAAGCCCCCCCUCUCUCUCUCUGUCGGCACCUGCCCCAGCAGUGGGCUCUCACCUGCUCUGGGGGACUUGUGUGUAGGGGGGAGGGGGCCCUCUCGUCAGCCCAUCACUGCACAGAAUGCCCCUACUCCUAGCUACUGAUACCACAGAUGUAUUUAAGCGAGUAAUAACUAGCAGUUUACUCUUUAAAAUGAUACUUGGUUCGGGUUGUGUGUGGGGGACCGGGUGCUCCUACUCUAACACACUCACCUAAAAAAUGGCGAGCUACUGAAGAGAUGCGUAGUAAAAGCUAUGAUACUAAUCGAGUAGGACAUCUCUCUGUGCCAUGAUGGUGUUGUCAGAGGCUGCUGGGUUCCUGUGGUGGAGUCAGCGGUUUGAAUUUAUGGUUUGAUCUCUGUUCUCUUUAACUUUCUCUCUUGCAGAGCCCUUCUCCUGCCCAGCUCCCUCGCCUCUCCCACCCUCCCCUGGCUGUAGCCUGCAUGUAGCGUCUCUGCAUGUGUCUAGGUGGCUCCUCUAAAUUACCCCCAUGGACACUGACUCUCCAACUGGAGGAGGGCAGGAUACUGACAGGGGGUCUGUUAGUUAGACUAGAGGGGCGACUGUUCAACUCUGAAUGUAUAGGAGUAGGUGGGAGGGUGGUUUGGAUAAAGUGGUGUACAAUAAGUAUUUCUCAAGGGUUGAACUAUCGUCCUCUCUACUAUAAUGAUUUCCUACUAUUGCAGUGAGUUGCUCCAUUUCCUUGGCUGGUGACUUCUGUUCCCUUCUCCCCAUGGAAGCUGGUACUGUAGGCGUGCUAGACCCUUGAUUUUUGUUUAUUUUCCUCCCUUUCUGCCAGAUCCUUCGCUCCUCCUCCUUCCUCCCCCUGUCCUUGUUUUCCUCUGUUAGAACAGCCCAAAUAAGGAGGGGGGUUGCUAAUCCUAACACAUUCCAGGUCCUGAGGCCUGGCUGAGCAAAUCCUUGGCUGUUCUGGCUCUCUAGGAGAUGGAGCUUCUCUCCGAGUCCCUCCCUCUAUAGUUCACCCUCUCUCUCUCUCAUCCCUCGCUUCUGCCUCUAAUGCUCAAACUUUAAUGCCGAUUCUCUCUUCUGUCUGAUUGACACAUGGAGUCUCUGUGGAUCAGAUUCAGGCUUCAGCAUCCAGCUGAGAGCAGUGCUCAUGUUGGGGAGGAAAACACCUCCUAGAGAACCAUGUGGGAGCAUGUCACUAAGUGUACUUACCUCUCUGUUGAUGAUUCAUUUAAUUUGUCUCAUUGUGAUUUUUAAAUGUAUAGGUGUCUGUAGGCUGUGACAUCCUGAGUGUGUUUUGACAACGACAUCUUGGUGGGAUAAUGCUUAGGAAGGCUUUUGGUCAAAUCAAUUUUUUGCAUGUAAAGCCCCUCCGUAGAUUCUUCUCAGAUAAACAAGCCAAUUCAUAUUGAACCAUUCAGUAAUGAGUCACAGUAUAAAGUCAAAAUAAUGCCCUCAAUCUUGAUAGGGAGUCUGAGGCUAUUUGGGAGAGAUGGGAGGCUGUAGUACUGCUGGCAGAUGCUGGAGGUGGAGUUUGCUCUAGGCUCUUCUCAGACACUGAUGACCAAGCAUGCUGCUGAUGUUUUUUUUCUUCUCUCCCUCAGAACUCGUCCGGAUGGUGAUGAGUGGUUGAAGAUUUCAAGAACACAACCAGUUCAUUUUAUUCCCAAAUGUUUUUUUCUUCUAUUAUAUACGUAAUGUCUGUUUCGCCCCCAUCCACCCUGUGUCAUUCCCCAACCAACUCUUGUUUGCCAUCGUUUUGUCAUAAAAAAAAAAAGUUUUUCUUUCAGAAGUGCCUUUUCUGUGUCUGAGUUGAAAUCGCCCCUUUUCAUUUCACUUCAAAAUAUCAUCCAGCCACAGAGGCGCAUGCUAUCAUGUCUGGCUCGUGGACAGAAUCGGCAAUAACAUUCCCUUGAUUAUACAUUCCCAUCGCCCACCCUGUCACUCAACCCGUGUCAGCCCCAUUGCCCAAUAGCUGUGUUUUUAUACGGGGGAGAUGCAUGUUCAUUGGCUGAGACUAGCUGUAAUGUGGGUUUUACCAGGCUAACCAACCAAUCAUGAAAUUAUAGAUUUAUUGUCUCAUGUAUAUGUUAUAAUGAAUGGUAUUUAAUAAAAAUCCCCAGUUUCUGAAAAGUAA